AGGCGGUUCGCUUGUAGUGUCGUCCUUGCAUCGGGGCAGAUCAGAACUUAGUAACGCCAUUCAGUCUGCGCUGGUUUCGGUGUUCAAGUUUGUGAAGUUUACAGACAGCAGGUGGCUCACAGUAAGGAUCAGCGCCAGGUCCAGGGUGGCGUCGUGGCUUGUCGGUCCCAAUGGAUUCACCACGUGGUUGCAGGCGCAGCACGCUCCGAAUACUUAUUAUCCGGGGCCGGCGGAUAUCGGGGGUUAUUCUCGUAUGUCAGAAUAUGCAUGGGAAUGCAUGGUCAAAGCUGCCAUCGUGUCUUGGGCCCCCGAUUCCGCGCACCAGAUGUUGCUCAAAGACAACCAGGUGGCUUUGACAGCGCCAGACAUCAAAAAGGGCCAUGGCUGAGCGAAUGCGGUGGCUCAGCGAGAUCUCCCCGAUGGUUUGGCAUGUGUUGGCAGGCGCAUCUGGAGUCCAGCCAGGCGAGUUGCGUUCCAGCUGUGUUUCCGCUGGCCAGCGUGCAAUUGCAUUUGUGCAAUUCCGAGUGUUCAACGUGGCCGAGCGAUUGCUCACUCUUUGCCGAGGUUGCGUUGAACAGAACCUUCGCGACCUCGCUGCUGGGGCCAGGUCGUCCGACGAGGUGGCCGCCAACAUCUACGAUUUGACGCAGCGCCGCCAUCCGUUGAGCGUCGUUGCCAGGCUGGUAACGCUCAUCGGGGACCUUGGGUGGACCACCGCUGUCACCGAACAACUCCACGCCCACGCGGCCAUCGCCGCUCGGUUCCACCCGGAGUAUGGUUUGAACAUGGUUCAGGCAAAGGAAAUGGUACAGACAAUGUGCAAGCUUCUUCCCUCGUCGACCAAGGCAGACAAAGAAUUGGCGAAGGUCCAGAGAGCCCUGGGCGCCCUGGAACGCAAGGACCCCAGCAAACACAGAGGGCACAACCAAUACUUCGCUGAUCUGGUCGAAGUGGUUGGCAGGAAGUUUAGGAGGGCUCGGCCGCAGACGAGGCAGCUCGUAAAUCGGGGGGUGAUGAAACAACAUAUGGGUGCAUACAGGAAGAAAUCCGACCGUGUCCGCAGACGCUACGCGCAUGUCUCUCGAGCCCAAGCAUCCUUGAAACAGCAACAGAACAGGACGAGCCGGGACGGCAUGGUCCAGGAUCUGGCGCGGAUCCGCACCGAAGUGGCACGGGAGAAGCAGGAGCGGCCACCCCUUUUCCUGCGUUUUUGCGCGUGGGGGGACCUGGAGAUGGGGGAGGGCGACGAGUUGCUGAAGGACGACGCGUUCGACGGGCACGGCUUGGCGGUUAUGCGCGACCGCGCAGCCCAAGCUCCAUCGCGCAUGUCGGAGGAGCUCACGCAGGCCUUGGAGGACGAGGACAUCCAGGGCGACGAGCAGGAGCCGCGGCCCGAGUGGAUCCACGCUCUGGCCGCCCAGCGCGCCCACUUCGAGGGCGUCGCCUUGGUUGUCGACGUGGGUGGCGAACGACAGGUUAUCUUUGAAAUGCCGGGAUCGGAGUUCGACCCCCCGUCCUCCCAUCACCUACCGCGCGGAUUCCUUUUUUCCAGGGGCUUGCAACAGCAUGUUCAGUUUCUUAGUUUCUCUCAAGUCGGUGCUUGCACUCAAGGGCUCCUCGCGGGGGUGGCGCAGGCGGACGUCUGGUCUUGAGGGGGCUGCGCCUGCAAGCGAGAUCUUCCAGGGGCGGAGGCCCACGGCUGAUGGCGAGGUGUCUGAAGUGACGGAGGGGGGCGGGGACAACGACAUUAUGGUGCCCUGUCGCCUGUCGCAGUCGGGCGAGUGUGACGGGCGGCUCCCGCCCGGAAGGCCCCCCCGAGGCGGGCCGUUUCCAGGCGAGAGCGUAGGGCGGCGCGCGUCAGAACAUUCCCUUUGGGCCCGGUGCGGGGGGAUGCCAGCCCAUCCUCGUCGCUCCACUUCGGAGUGCCCGAAGGGCCCCGCGCCAUUUUCGCCAGAAGCUGUUGGUCGGCCAUGCCGCCGAAGAAGAGGCAGACGGAGGGGCAGCAGGGCGGCCGCCGGCCCUUGAAGCGCCAGGCAACACACGAGGAGGCGCACAAAAAAUGCGACGACAACCUGAAAACCUUGAGCGAAGAAGAGGUACAUACCAAGAAAGUGGAUUGGACAACUUUUUUCGAGCACGUUAAGGAAGGCAUCAGGAAGAAGAGGGAAGACAAGUCGCACCCCAUGGGGGAAGUACCGCUCCGAUACUCACCCUCUCAACUUCCUGGAGCCGCCGACCCCGUAUGACCCCGUGCCGCUGGCGUGCCUCAUGGAAAUGGUGGCUGCGGAGCGCAACCAUCUCGACACCGCCAAGCUCGUGAACUAUAUUGCGCAGGCGAAGAAGCCGCUCAAGACGGAGCUUUGCGGGAUCCUGAAAUGGGCGUACGAGUUGUCGCCCAAGAGCGAAAGGCAGUAUCCGGCUUGCGUUGCUGUCCUGAAAUGGAUGGACCGGUUGAAGAUCAAACCAGAGUACCGCGUCCAGUUUGAGAUCGUGACCGGUUGGAUUGACAAGGUGUUGGACGCUAUUCGUAAGCGUGCCGGCGCCCAGGUGCAUGCGGAGACGAUUGUGCGCACCCACAAGGACAUAUAUUGCUUGCUCAUGCCCGUUGCCUCCAUCCGUGCUCCGAUCCAGGCCGAUCGGAAGUACGAAACCGUGCCCGAGCACGUCCGUGCUGUGGUGAACUCGUGCGACACCGGGGAGAAGAUGUUCUCUUUCGCGCUCCUCGAGCUCGUGGCCAACACCGUGAGGGACAAGAUCCGCGAACACAUUGAUGUGUUCAUCAAGAAGCCGAUUACGGAGGAGUCGCUGAACGAAUCGACGUUCGCGUUCGCCGCAGAGGUGGAGCUCUUGCCGAAUGUGAGGUUGCUUCUGUUGAAGCGCAAUAUCCUCUUAGACUAUGGCGGCAGCGCCGUGCUUCCGAAGCCGGCGGGCACCAUCCACCAGGAGGUCAAGGCCCGCUUCGUGGCUGCUUGGAAGAGCGUCGCGAGGGCCCAGGGCAAGAUCGUCAAGCUGUGGGGGGAGGAGUGGAACAUGGUCGUGGGGGAAAAGGAGCCCGCGAGCGCAGGCGCCGUCAUGAACUUGUCCGAGGAGGUCUACACCAAGAUGAUAGGUUUUGAUCCAGAGUGGGGCACGGAUAUAUGCAUUCUGGAUUCAUCGGCAGGGCAAGGCAGCGAGGCCCGCGUCUGCCAGGCGAUGAAGACUCACUUUGCUUCUGCUGAGCAGGCCACCGCGCCGCAAAAUGUGAUACAUGCCCUGCCCGCCAUGUGCGGCACCGAUUGCUACCAGCUUGCUUCGCGCGCGGCCCACGCCAAACACAGCAUGGGCAAGAUUGUCGACGAGGAAGCGCCUCAGUUGGACACCUUCAAGGACGACCCGCUGGUCUCGGACAUCAUCGACAACUCCCUGCAGUACUUCGCGAGGGAGGAGAAGCCUGCAGGUUCCGAUGGUUCGUCCACCACGGUCUUCUGCAAGAAGGCGCUCACGAUCAAGUACAAUUAAGGCCAAGGAGCAACAGGAGGGCGGCACCGCCACCAAGCUCGACGUCGCCCCCUUGAAAACGUACCAGUAUUUCCUCGAUGACAGCGUGAAGCAAGAUGCCCUGGCCUUGGUCAAGGCCGUGGAGGCGUCCUCUGAGCAGAUCGCCAUCAAGAAGGCCGGCCCCAGGAAGGCCGCCGCCAAAAAGAAGGCGGACAAGGCCAUGGAGGAGGCCAUGGCGAUGUUCACGGGCGGCAAGGCGCGGAAGAAAUGAGUGGUGGGCGAUUGUGCCUCCAUGCGCUUGUGUUUUGGGAGUGCCUGUAGCCGGUUGCUCCUUUGGGGGGCAAGUGGCGGGUUCAGGGGCCAUGCGCGCACGUGCAUGCACGCGGGGUUGCCGAGCCGAAAACCGGAUCGUCGCAACCUCGCCCUCCCACUCCUCCCAUGUCCCUCCUGCUUUCCUCCCCUCGCCUCUCACCUCGUCAGCCACUGCCUUGACGUGCGAGGCGCUUUUCGGUGCCCUCCGAGGUGAUCCCCCAUGGCGUGGUCGGAAGUCCGGUGAUAUAAUCCUCUUGCCGCGUUCGCAGUUCCAGCGGUGCUGCCCAUUCUUGCGUUGGCCUCGCCCCAGGGUGCUUUCCAUUAUUCGUUCCGUUGGCCUGGUGGUGCUCGCAGGCGUUGUAUGCAAUCUCACGCUGCUGCUCUUGCUUCUGGGUUUCACCGUGGAAGCGUCCGCGCAGGGAAGCGCGGGGGGCGAUG